GGUGACCCAGGGCCGUCCGCGGGUCAUCGGGUGGGGUCCUUCGGGGCGCCCGGGAUACCGCCGGGGGACACCGGGGUGGGUCCUCCAGGGCAUCCGGGGGCCCGUCGGGGGUCACCGGGUGGGUCGUCCGGGGCGACCCGGGGGCCUACCGGGGAUCACCGGGCUCCAGGGGUGCCCGGGGCCCCGGGGGCGCCGGGGGUCAUCGGGGUGGGUGUCCGGGGUGACCGG